UCGCGCUGGAAUGCUGGCAGUUUAUCGCCGGCCGAAUUGCAUCCACCCGCGCCGAGAGGAAAGCGAACGAGCAGAAGGCACCGCCUCAAGAGUGUCCUGUGUUGAGCAAACCGAGAAAGAAAACGAGAACGAAAGGAAGCCAGUACCAAAAUGGAACCAAAGAGAAGGCUGGACGAGGUGUCGCGAGUGACGGUUUGGCUCGCGAUCUGCGCCAUCGGAUUCCACCUGCCCGACGUUGCGGGAUUCUCGCCAGCGCACGCAUACGAAGCGACGGGAUGUCCCCGCAACAGUGCCAGCCUGAACCAGUGCAUCGAAAAGUCGAUCCAGUACUAUCUGAGCUACAUGUACAGCGGCAGCAUAUCGGAUCGAACGGCGGUACCGUCGCUGGAUCCAUUGGUGCUGCCCGACACCACACUCAUCCAGAACGAGCACGUUCUUUCGACCUUCACCAACCGAGAAACGACCGGGUUUCGUAACAUGUAUAUCACGGACGUGAGAAGCGACAUUACCCGGCUAGAGUUCUACUUCCACUUUCACAUUUCGGCCAUCGACACCAAAGGCUCGUACCACGCGCGGCUCGCCAAGCGUCCAGAAAUUGCAGAGUGGUCACAUAUGACUUACUCCAUACGAAAUUCCUCCUUCGAGCUGCAGCUGAAGGGCGUCAACUACGAGCAGGACAAUCGGGUGUACCUGAAGGUGAACGUCACCGACUGGGAUCAGCACAUCGGCGACCACACGGUCGGCUUCCGGUGGUUCACGAUGAGCGGCAACUACAGCCAGUUCAGCGACCAGUUCGAGCAGAUCCGUGGCCGCGACAUCCUGCCGGUCGUCGAGCGGGAUCUGAUGCAGAGUCUGCGCGACCGGUUCCAGCAUCUGUUCAACGAGAUUCUCCGGUUGGCGCCGUUCGAGCGCUUCUUCCCCACGCAAUACUGAGACGGAAGGCGGUCGGGGAUAGGACUCGCCGACGGUGAUAAGAGGGCAAUCCCGUUCGUUCGUUGUUUGUACAUACUCACAGAGAUUUUAUAGAUAGGCUGUAUGCGUGUGUUAGCCGACGGUGGCAUUUGUUUUAUAAUAAACGAAAGUGAU